AUGUUGAACGAGGAGCAGAAUCCCUUUCCUUGUUUUCAGGCAAUCAGAUCUGAUGAUAAUGUUAGACUAGCUACGAUGCUCUUCACAGUUACCGGUGCUGCAACAGUCUUGUUUUUGUUGCUUAACAUUGCUAGGUUGUGCCAUGGAGGGGUCACAAGUCUUUACGUUAGGAAACCUGAAGCAUCAAUUGACAUGCCGAUUCAUGCUUUCCGUCAGCCUUCUGGUUAUAAUGCACCUGAGCAGGUUCACAUAACUCAAGGAGAUCAUGGUGGUAGAGGUGUUAUUAUUUCGUGGGUGACACCACUCGAGCGUCACCCGAAUACUGUGACAUAUUGGGCAGCAGAGGGAAAUCAUAGGCACAAGCACAAGACACAUUCCACUACUACGUUUUACAGAUACUAUAACUAUACUUCUGGCUACAUUCACCACGCCACCAUUAAGAGACUAGAGUAUGACACUCGAUACUUCUAUGAACUCGGAACUGGAGAAUCAACCCGCCGGUUUUCCUUUGUUACUCCUCCGAAAGCAGGACCUGACGUGCCAUACACGUUUGGGAUCAUCGGCAACACAUUAGAACAUUACAUGUCCAAUCCGAAAGGGCAAGCCGUGUUGUUUGUUGGUGAUCUUUCUUAUGCAGACCAUUAUCCUUUCCAUGACAAUUUGAGGUGGGAUUCAUGGGGUCGCUUUGUCGAAAAGAGCACUGCAUAUCAGCCAUGGAUUUGGACUGCUGGCAAUCAUGAACUUGAUUUUGCUCCAGAGAUUGUAAGACAUUUUAAACUGAUCAGUCGGCGAAACUAA